UAAGGGACCUAUCCUCAUCCUGAAAGUUUGUUGCUUUAAAAGCAAGUAUCUCUCCAUAAAUAUUAUGGCCUUCCAUUUUCUUCAUACAUUUUUUUAGGAUCCACUUGUGCAUGUAGUUGAGGAGACCACUGUCUCUUAAUAUAGCACUUUCAAUUCUCUCUAAAGAAAUACUUCUGUAUACUUCUAUCACAUGUUGUAAAUUUUCAUGUAAUAGUGUUUUCUGUGACUAAACUCCAUUUUGAUUGGCAGCUAAGACUUUUUUUUCCUGUGGCUUUAAUUUAUCUAAGAGGUCUUUGCAUAUAGAUGAAAUGUAUAAUUUGCCUGGUGGACUAUUUGCGUUGUGUGGCCUUAGUUUGUUUAUUGACAUUAACAAGUGUUUUAAAAAAGUUUUUAAUGAAUAGUCUUAAAUCUAAAUUUGUGUGAAUAAUCUUUUAACACAGUGCUUUUUUUUUUGUAGCUGUCUAAGUGUGUUAAAUUGUUAAGCUAUUUCUUUGUAAAAUAGGACAAUGGAAUGCAUAGAGGUUUUUUUUUUUCUUUCCUGUAAAGUAUUUUUUUAAUAAACAAAGUCUGAUUUGUCCUUUACUGAUGUUUCAUCACAAAAUGAAUAGUACAUAUAUGUGAAUUCUAGAUACCUGGAACUUGUUUUUAGAGGUUUAUUAAUUCCCAUCCCCUCUAUGUUGUUGUGUGCUGUCAAGUGGAUUCCAACUCAUAGUGACCCUAUAGGGCAGACUAGAACUGCCCUAUAGGGUUUGUAAUCUUUACAGGAGCAGAUCACCAGGUCUUUUCUCCCAUGGAGCCAAUGGUAGGUUUGAACUGCUGAUGUUUCGGUUAGCAGCUGAGUGCUUAACCAUUGUGCCACCAGGGUGCCUCAUUCCCUAAUAUUUUCUAGUAUUUUAGAAAUCUCCUGUGCCUUUUCUUUCCUAAAGAAAAGGGCAUAGAUGUAUGGGAAAAAUUCACUCCAUAUUGAGAUGCAGCUAGCUUAUAGGAAGAAGAAAAAUGACGUUGGCAUUUAUGGCACUUAUGCCUGCUGCUGCUUAAAUUAACUUGUACCUACCUGUGAGAGAACAGUAUUUAGUUUCUUGCUGGUGAUGUAGAUAUUUCUGGAAGUGCAUGUAGUAUUAAUGAAGAUGGCAUAUAGACCUUGAUGUCACUGUUGCAUUAAGUGACACACACAAUGGGUUUUGUGUGAAUGUCUCUUUAAUCAAGGUACGUGUCCUAAUCACUGACAGCCCUCAGUUCUGAUUAGGAAAGUAAAAGGAAUGGAAUUAAUGUUGUGUAACUGCAGUGGGCCAGGCACUUUAAAUGAGGGUAUCCCAUUAAAUUCUCCAAGGUUUUAUUAGGUAAUUACCUCCAUAAUACAGGUGAGAAACAGGCUGGGUAGGUUGGAUAACCUGCCUAAGAUCACAUAUUGGGUGCAGUGAUUUAAAUGCAGGUCUGAGUUCAAACCCUAUGCUUUCUUUGUUCAGUGGCAGCCUCAGGAUGCACUGAAGUUUGUAACAGGGCUCCAGAAAGAUGGUUUGGAACUUAACUGAUUCUAUUCCUCCACACCCUUUCCCCAAAGCCUCUUUUGUGCACUCAUCAAUGAAGUAAAAUGCUUUUGCUGUUAGUGUAAUGUGGGUCCUAAAGCAAAUAUUUAGGUAUGCAAAACUGACUUUUUCAUUUGCCAUUUAUCCAGGUUCCCCCCCCCCCCAAACUGGCCAUUUGUCUUGAAACCCAACAGGAUCGUUGUUCAGCUCUAAGGGAAGGGAAAAGCUGUCAAAGAAUAAAAGCAGAAAGGAAACCACUGUCAAUGCGUGUAAUAUAAAUCAAGUCUGAGUGAAAUUUAAAAAAUUAGGCCUGUACGAGUUACUUUAUCUUCAUAGUAGGUUUUCCUCAUCGCCAAAAUAAUUUUCAGUGAACGCCGACUUUAUGGAUUGUAAGAGAUGUUUACCGCGCCUUUAAGAUUUCUCAAUCUUUAUCUUCUAAUCUGUAUCUGUCAUUAGCUUUACUAGGCAAGCCGGAACACUGCUCAGGUGAGGUGAGGAAAAUGGCCACUAGGCGUCAGUGCUCCAUUAAUGGCAAAAAGUGUUGUGGGGGAGGAGGAAAGUGGCUUAAAAACCGUACUAGCAUAUUCUUAAAUAUUCAGUGUGGGGCGCAACCAUGCCUUUCUCCUGACUUACCGACUUGCUGGAAUUCUUAACCUAGAAGCAAUUCUUCUCGCCUCUACCUUCCCCUACCCUUAUUUGGGAAAAGGUUCCUGUGACUGGGUCAGGUUUUGUUCCUCUUCCUUUGCCCCUGAACACCCGUAAAGCUUAAGUUUCAGAGCUGCUGAGUGACGAGAAAGGACGGUAGCCACUAAGCGGCAGCCCGCCAGGUCCCUUGUUUUAGGACAGCAUAAACUCACACGAACUAUCAUUCAUUUCACAAAUACUGAGAACCUAUGUGCCAGGCUCGUACCAGACCCCAGUCUGACCUCAUGGAGCCCACAGCCCACUGGGGUAGACCGAUAUUAAACACAAAGAAACCUCGCUACAGUGAAGUGAACGAUCAGGAUGCCAGGACCGACCUUCUUUAGAUCGAUAGGUGGGAAAGUCGUUUCUGAGGCAGCGACUUUUAAGCUGAGCCCUGAAGGGUGAUGUGGGCAGACUGGGAGCUGCUCCUGGCCCUGGAUCGCAUUGCGGCUCCUCAAUUGUUCCUCCCGGAGCCUGGACGCAGGCUCUGCGGUAAGGCCCGGGCGGGGGGCGGAGCCACCUUCUCAGGCAAACCCGGAAAGCGGAAGCCGCGGCCGGGCCCCGCGGUGGUCUGCGAGGCAGCUGUCAGCCGGCCCUCGGCCCGCUGAGUCACCGGUGGCCCGGCCCGGCCUAGAGAGGACGAGCGUCCGCUCACAGUCCCGCUGCUCCCAAGCAGCCGCCUCCCGGCUUUUGCACCUACCUUUUCCGGCGGGGCACAAAGGCCUUUUGCCGUUGCGCCUGGCGGCCUAGCUAAGACCCCCUUCACUUUCUUUCUCCUUUCUUUUUCCAGUUUAUUCUUUGUUUAUUUUCUGGUCAGUUUGGUGACCCUGUACAAAGUCGGGUUUGGCGGGCGCGGUUUCUGUGGCAAAAGACUGCCCUCAUCUGGACGAUGGGCGGCCGACUUCUUCCCAAGCUGGGGCGACCUCCGGCGUCUCCAUGGUAACAGUCCCGCCGGCGUCUCCGCCUCUGGGGAAAGAUGCAGCCUGCCCAGCCCGCCUCCUCGCCCGGGGUCCCGCGGCCGGGCCCGGGCCACUGAGGAGGAGGGCCCUGGCCACCGGACUGCUGGGCAGCGGGCACCAGUGAAAUCCCAUUCUCUGGCUGGAGAUACAGAUGGCCUCGAAUGAGAGAGAUGCUAUAUCGUGGUACCAAAAGAAGAUUGGAGCAUAUGAUCAGCAGAUAUGGGAAAAGUCAAUCGAACAGACUCAGAUUAAGGGCUUCAAAAACAAACCAAAAAAGAUGGGUCACAUAAAGCCAGACUUGAUUGAUGUUGACUUAAUCAGAGGCUCAACAUUUGCCAAAGCCAAACCUGAAAUUCCAUGGACAUCUCUGACUCGGAAGGGGCUUGUUCGAGUUGUAUUUUUUCCAUUGUUCAGCAGUUGGUGGAUUCAGGUUACCUCUCAAAAAAUCUUUAUUUGGCUGUUACUGCUUUACCUCAUGCAAGUUGUUGCAAUUGUGUUGUAUUUAAUGAUGCCUAUUGUGAACGUAAGUGAAGUGCUUGGACCCUUGUGCCUUAUGCUUCUCAUGGGAACUGUCCACUGUCAGAUUGUGUCUACUCAGAUAACUAAGCCAUCAGGAAACAAUGGAAAUCGGAGAAGAAGAAAAUUACGAAAAACUAUAAAUGGUGAUGGGAACCGAGAAAAUGGAAAUAACUCCUCUUCUGAUAAAGUCAGAGGAGUAGAAACUUUGGAAUCUGUACCCUUUAUUAGUGGUUUUUGGGGGACUCUCUUUGGCAACAGGACUAAAAGAGUAAAAUUAAUAUCUAACAAAGGAACGGAAACUGAGAAUGAUACAAGUUGUCUGCAUCCUAUCAUUAAGAAGAGACAGUGUCGACCAGAGAUGAGAAUGUGUCAAACAAGAGACAGUGCAAAAUUUUCCGACGGAGAUAAGUCCCACAGGGAGACUUUUAGGCAUUUGGGUAAUGGGAUUUCAGAUGAUCUGUCAAGUGAGGAAGACGGUGAAGCACGGACACAGAUGAUACUUUUGCGUAGGAGCGUAGAAGGGGCCUCAAGCGACAAUGGCUGUGAAGUUAAGAAUAGAAAGUCAGUAUUUCCAAGGCAUCUAAAUUCUCAGGUAAAGAAAACCACUUCGAGGUGGUGUCAUCUGGUGCGGGAUUCAGAUAGCGUGGCCGAGUCGGAAUUUGAAUCCACAGCUUUCAGCCAGGGCUCCAGAUCUACCAUGAAUGGUAGCUCUCGAAACCUCAACAUGUCAAGAAGAGACUCAGAAAGCACCCGCCAUGAUUCCGAGACUGAGGAUAUGUUAUGGGAUGACCUGCUGCACGGCCCAGAGUGCCGGUCGUCUGUCACCAGUGACAGUGAGGGGGCCCAUGUGAACACCCCUCACUCAGGAACCAAACGUGACUCCAAAGAGGAUGUUUUUCAGCAGAACCAUCUAUUCUGGCUUCAGAACUCAAGUCCUGCCUCUGAUCGAGUUAGCGCAAUAAUCUGGGAAGGAAAUGAGUGCAAAAAGAUGGAUAUGUCUGUACUGGAAAUAAGUGGCAUCAUUAUGAGCAGGGUUAAUGCCUAUCAGCAAGGAGUAGGUUAUCAGAUGCUGGGAAAUGCCGUCACCAUUGGAUUAGCAGUUUUUCCUUUUGUGUAUCGACUUUUCCGUGAGAAGAGCCUUGACCAACUAAAGUCUAUUUCUGCUGAGGAGAUUUUGACUCUCUUUUGUGGGGCACCACCAGUUAUACCUAUUAUUGUUUUGUCUGUAAUUAAUUUUUUUGAACGAUUGUGUCUUACUUGGAUGUUUUUUUUCAUGAUGUGUGUGGCAGAGAGAACAUAUAAACAGAGAUUUUUAUUUGCAAAACUCUUCAGCCAUAUUACAUCUGCCAGGAAAGCAAGGAAAUAUGAAAUACCUCAUUUCAGACUUAAAAAGGUGGAGAAUAUUAAGAUAUGGUUAUCACUUCGUUCCUAUCUAAAGAGACGGGGUCCACAGCGUUCAGUUGAUGUGGUUGUGUCUUCGGUCUUCUUACUGACACUUUCGAUUGCUUUCAUUUGUUGUGCACAGGUUCUCCAAGGACAUAAAACUUUCCUUAAUGAUGCUUACAACUGGGAGUUUUUGAUCUGGGAAACGGCUUUACUGCUUUUCUUACUGCGCCUGGCCUCACUGGGGUCCGAAACCAAUAAGAAAUACAGCAAUGUUUCGAUAUUACUUACUGAACAGAUUAAUUUGUAUCUUAAGAUGGAAAAAAAGCCAAAUAAGAAAGAACAGCUCACGCUAGUAAACAAUGUAUUAAAGUUGUCCACCAAGUUGUUGAAAGAACUGGACACACCAUUUAGACUCUACGGACUGACAAUGAAUCCCUUAAUCUACAACAUCACACGAGUAGUUAUCCUUUCUGCUGUCUCAGGGGUUAUAAGUGAUCUUCUAGGAUUUAAUAUAAGACUGUGGAAAAUUAAAUCAUAAACUGAGUCAUUUGCCGGGACUUUCCCCUUGCUGGCAUCACUACUUACCUGUAAGGGAAAGAGAUGACUCCAGAAACAAGUGAGAGCGCUACCUGCUUGUUCACAUGCCGAGGUGCCCUCAGCUCUGCCAAAUCUGUCCAGUGGCGUUUUCAGAGGAACAAACGCUUCCAACUGGGUGUGCAUACGGAAAACAUUUUUAUGGUUUUGAAACCAUAUGAGUAGUCAGAAGACUAAAGACUGUGUGUUAUGGUAACACAAAAAAAUAACUUUCUAAGUUAGCAAAUUUAUUCUGGGCACUUCAGUGCCAUUAUAUUUACAUGGAAAGUCUUUUGGGUAACUAUGGUAGAUGCCCAAACGUGAAGCAAAUAUCCUUCAUUGGAAAUAUGCAAACUCAAUACUUUUCAAAGACAACCUAUGGAAUUAGAGAUUUCAUUUCUCUAGCAACAGGAGAGCAAAUUUAAACUAUUCUAGGUUGGCUCCAAAUAAAAGAACUUUACUGGAUAAUUUCAGUUUCUAGGCUUUUUUGUUGUUGUUGUUGAAGGAAAAAUACAACCUUUUUAAACUGCAAGUUUCUGUUAAACUCUGGAGAAAUUUUUAAUUAGCUUAUAAUUUUGAAGUUAAUCCAAUAAUUGUACAGCUAUUAAUGAAAGUCAUGCAUACAAUAUGCCACGCAAUUAGCAUGAGAAAUCUAAGCAUAUGGAUACGUACUCAUCCGUGUCCACCGUACAUGGUUUCCAUAUAGAUCAUCUGAGCUGUGUUUCCUGUCACAGUAUUAAGUGAAGCAUUAAUAGUGUAUCUGUUAUGCAGCGUCAUGUGUCAAACCCUCAGUACAAUUUCAGAUCUUCAGUGUCUAUAAUCAGCUAAGCUAUACCUUUGAUGAUUUAGGUCCUCUUAGCACCAUUCCCUAUUACACACACAGGCACAUAGACAUAUGUUAAUGAAAACUCUAGUUGUCUACUUAUAACUCUGGCUCAUUAAUUUACCUGCUCUGAAGAAUUUAGUUGAGGCAAAUUGAAAGCCUUAAUUUUUUAAUUAUAAGCUUUUAUAAAUUUUUAAUGAAAAUAAUUUAGAAACCUAGUCAUUUAUUACAUGUAAAGUAUGUACUCGUGCAAAAUCAAUGCAUCAGUUACAUACAUCCCAAUAUGAAGAUCUGUGAGGGUCAAAGAUGAAUUGCUGAGGAGUUCAGGGAUUGAGGUCAGACCUUUCUGGGUUCAAAUUCUUGGCCCUACCAUUUAUUAGCUUCAUAAUCUGGGACAAAUCACUUAACCUCUGUGUGUCUCAAUUUCUUCAUCUGUUAAAAGGGAAUAAUAAUUACCCACUAAGGUUGUUAAGGUUAAGUGAGUGAGAUUAUCACGUACUUAUUGAAGUGCCAGGCACUUAGUAAAUCCACAAUAAACACUUGUUCUAACUAUCUAAAGCCGUUUUAAAAAUCUCUUACUGAUAGGUUCCUAACUGUGAAGAUCAGAAAGUAGGAAGCACGGUUGCUGAACUAGAAGUAAGCUACCAAAACUAUGCAGCAAUUCUAAAUACUGCAUGAUGCUAUGAAAAAAAAGAAAAAUUUUAAGGAAAAACCCCAUUUUAGUGAUUUACCUUUACAAGGAACUGUUCAGUAGAGGUAUUUCAGUGUCCCAACAUAUGGCUCAUAGAAGUCAUGCUUUUACUAUUUACCAUAAGGAAAAAUGGCAACUCUCAAAUCCAAACACAAGAUUGAGCUCAGUGCAGAUUCCAGAUGAAGAAAGCUGAUGUUUUUUAUCUUUUUCUUCUAUGAAAAAUGCUGUACUGUUUUUAUUUACAGUUUUACACGAUUAAUUCUCUAACUUAAAUUCAGUAUUCAGGAUACAUUGGUUUACUCUUGUGCAUUGCUUCAGUUACGGUUCUGAUGAUGUAUAAUUGGUUUACAUUAUUUUUUCAGAUGGAUAAAAUUUUAUGCAGGUAUAGUUGCUCAUGUCAGGAACUUGUAAAUCAUUCCUGACUCCUUCCUCUUCAUCAUACUGCACACCAAUCAAUCAUCAAGUCUUUUAAUAAUUAUCUUCCAAAUGUAUUUCUAAUCAGCCCACUCUUUUCCAUCCCUACUUCCAUCUCUCUAGUCUAAGUGAACAUAGUUUUGUUUGUUUGCAUGAGUUUCUGCCGCUUCUGCUCUUACAUUUGCAUGGCACCCCUUUCCCCAAACCCAAUCCAUUCUUCUCAAAAAGGUAACGCGUCCUUUCUGAAAUGCAAGUCUCAACAUUUGUAAUCCAUUAAUGGCUUACUAUCACUUUGAAGAUAAAAAUCCAAAACGCUUUUACCAAGGUGUACAGGCUGAAGCUGUUGAAAAAGUCUUUAUUUUGCCUUUACGUUUGAAAGAUAUUUUCACAGGAUAUAUAAUUCUAGGAUUAAAGAUGUUGUUGCUCCACUGCCUCUUGGAUUGCAUUGUUUCUGACAAGAAAUUGGCUGUCAUUGUUCUCUUUGGUCCUCUGCAUGUAACAUGUUUUUUCCCCCCUCUGGCUGUUUUUAUCAUUUGAUUUGAGCAAUUUGAUUAUAAAUUACCUUGACUGUAACUUUACUCAUUUUUUUUUGUUUGUUUUGUUUUCAAGUUUGUUGAGCUGUUGGAUCUGUGGGUUUGUAGUUUUCAUCAAAUUUGGAAUAAUUUUGGCCAUUAUUUCUUAAAAUAACUUUUAUGUACUACCUCAUCCACUUCUUUCUGGGAUUCCAAUUUAUAUGUACAUUAGGCUGCUUGAAGUUGUCUCACAGAUCACUGAUGCCCAAUGUAUCUUUUUAGCCUUCUUUGUUUUUCAUUUUGGAUUAUUUCUAUUGCUAUGCCUUCAAGUUCACAAACCUGUUCUUCUGUACUAUCUAAUACACUGUUAGUCCUGUCCAAUGUAUCUUCCAUCUCAUGUUUGAUUUUGAUAUAUAUAUGUAUCCUCCAUGUCUCUCCUUAACAUGCUUACUCUUUUCUCUACCUUCUUUAAGAGAAUGAAUAUUUUUAUAAUUGGUAAAUAAGGACAUUAAAACAGCUAUCAUCUGUAUAAUUUUGAAAUGUGUUUCUAAUGAUUGAUUUUUCUCCUCAUUAUGGGUUAUAUUUUCCCGCUCUUUUGCAUUCCUGUGAAUUUUUUAUUGGAUGUGUAUCAUUGGCUAUUGGAUUUUUGUGUGUAUGUGUGUAUUUUUGUAUUAUUUUAAAUAUUCUUAAGGUUUUUUCUGGAAUGUAGUUAAGUUACUUGGAAACACCUUGAUCAUUUCAAGGCUUACUUGUAAGCUUUGUUAGGUGGGCCAGAACAGCUUUUAGUCUAGGGCUAAUUUUCUCCAUGACUGAAGCAGUUCCAUUCUGAGUACUCCACUUGAUGUCUUGAGCAUUAUGAGGUUUCUCCAAUUUAGCUGUGGGAACAUGAACUAGUCCCAUCCUUUUGUGAGCUUUAGGAAUUUUUCUGCCUGCUUCUUUUUGGUGGUUCUUUCCUUGUUCUUGGAUAGUUUCUUCAUAUGCCUGAGCUGAUCAAUACUCAGGUUAAGACUUCAAAGGGAAUUUUUUUGCAUAUCUUUGGAGCUCUUUCCUCUCAAUGCAGCUAUCUUCUGAUACUCUGUCCAGUAAAUUGUAGCUGCCUUGGCCUCCUCAAAUUCUCCUGUCUCCUCAAUUCAGCAAGAUUGCUUGAUUCUGUUUAGGUUCCUUGUCCUUGCAACGCAGCCUGCAAACUGCUUCCCAAUAGGCUGAGGCCAUCAUAGGGAUCAUCUCAUUUAUUUCUACCAUCCUGUGUUGCCUAUUGUCCAGUGUUUAAACCCUUUUUUUUCCUACCACUUCGUCCAUUUUUUCAGUUGUUUAAGGUGGGAGAGUAAAUGUUUUCCACCUUAGUAAAGGAACAUUUGCUCAAGCCAAAGGCUUAGUGUUUAUCUUUGGUUCUUCUCUCUCUCUCUUUUUUUUCAUAUUGUAUCCGCCACCAAGUUGUGUCAGUUCUCCAUUUUCACUGUUACUGGUUAAGCUUCCUUCACUCUCACCUGGACUACUGUAUUGACCCACUGGUCUGUUUCCAUACUUGCCUUCUAUAGUCAGUUCUCUACAGCUACCUGAAUGAGCUAUGGAAACAAUAGUUAUAUCAUUCCUCUCCUACUUAUACCCUUCCUGGUUUCCCCUGCAGUGGUCUCCAAAGUCCUUAUCAGUCCUGUCUCCCUUUCCAACUUCACCUCCUCAAUACCUUCUAACCACAGUGGCCUCCCUCUUUGUUCAUUGUACCAAGUUCUUUCUCCUAUCAGCCCUUUGUGCAAGCUUAUUUUCUCUGCUUAGAAUCAUUUUUCUUAAGCUCUUGUGGUUAAGAGCUGGCUGGUUUCUCAUCUUUCAACUCCCAGCUUAGAUUUCAGUUCCUCGGAGGAACCUCCUUGGUAACCUUAGUUAAAAUAGUUCUCCGUUUCAUUUCUGUUGUCCUAUCUCCCUGUUAAUUGCUUUGAUGCAGUUAUCACAAUCUGAUAAUCUUCUUACUUUUUGUCUACUUGUUUGUUUUCUCCGGAAAGCUGGGACUUUUUGUUAUGUGCUCCAUCACCAGAGUACAGAACUGUGCCAGACCCAUAAAAAGUAGGUACUAAAUAAAAAUGUGUUGAAUGAAUGAAGAAUAGACCUCAAGUAAUUUUUUCUAAGGAUGGGAAAGUUCUAAUUUCAUGGUUUCUCUACUCCUCCCCACCCCCAUGCUUCACUUAAUACCUGUAUAAUAAUUUCUAGAAAUUCGGACUUUUUUUUUUAAGAUUCCAAAAAAAGGAAUGAGAACUAGUAUAUUUUGGUAAUAUUUACCUGUUACUGAGAAAUUACACCAAGAUGUAAAAACAGAAUGAGAUUAGGCCAUUCAUACAUUAAAUUGGAAUAGUAGUACCAUACUGUGAACUAAACCCAUUGCCAUCAAGUCGAUUCUGACUCAUAGCAACCCUAUAGGAUAGAGUAGAACUGCUCCCAUAGGGUUUCCAAGGAGCACCUGGUGGAGUUGAACUGCUGACCUUUUGGUUUUGCUUACCGCUGUGCCACCAGGGCUCCAGUAAUACCAUAGAGAGAUAAGAAAAAUCCCUGUUGACUUGAUUUUAUAGUUUGCUGUUUACUGGGAAAAAACUAUCCCUCCUAAAAUUGCUAUGGAGGUAUAAUCUCUAACCUUCCUAAAUAUGUACAUUAUUGCCCAUGUUGAACAUAAACUAAACACCACUAUUGACAGUCAAAUAACCAAAUACUUGCCUAAUUGGGAUAUGGUUCUCUUAAUUUUCAGAGACAUGUAGAAAAAUUCUAAAUUCCAGGAUGUCUGACAAAACAUUAUUAUGGGUUUAUGUUUUUAUUUUUGGUUCAUUGUGUUUAGAGGUAAGUGGACUUUUGCACUACAAAAAUAACUCUCUUGCAAAGUCAUGAAAUUCUUUUUUGAUAUUUUUUAAUCUGCACACUCAUAAUGGGCCAGAUGGGUACACUUCCAAAUACAGUGUGUGAUUUGGGAAUAUCAGGAAGUAAAUUCAUUAAACUUCAUCUCUACAUGUAUUGACUAGUCAUUUUAAGUAAUCCUUUGCUUCCUGCAGUUAUUGGUGCCCACCUUGAAUAAUGAAGUUUGAAUUUUACAAGUGUGCAAUAACUAUAAACCUUAUCCUGCAGCAUGCCCUGAGCCUAUAAGCUGUAAUAAGGUAUUACUCAAGUUAACAAAUGGUUGUCCUUUAUUAAAGACAAAAUAAGCCUCUUGAUCUGUGAAUUUGCUAACAGUUCUGCUUGACGUUAGUGCAAACACUGUAAAAUAGAUAUGUACCCACAGGAUUCUUUGUCAGAAUAUAGGUUUAGGUUACAUUAAGCCCUCGGGACUAUGCUUUGUAGUUCUAAAUAUUCAGCGUUCCCUAUUAGAAUCCCAAGUCUUUCUAAGCCUUCAUACUUGCACAGACAGUAACACUGAAAACAGAUCCAAUCAGUAGACAUCGUAAACUAAUUCAGCAAGCUAAACAAGGAUUAUAUAUUUCAUGUAAUAAUUAUGGUGUACAUUAAACUCAUUAUUUUGCUGAUAAACCUUAAUAUCAUAACCAGAAAAGAGCUACUUAAAUGUUAUUGCUUAAAAAGCAUGGAUUAUUUUUAGGCAUUGGCACAUGCCAUGUUGAUGUAAAAAGUUACUCCAAUGUAUUUCUUACACCAGAGUGAAAUGUCACAUUUUGUGACCGAAAUCUCUGUUUAUACCAGUACUCCUUAGUUCAAGGAGCAUACUGUGAACUAAGCUUUGGCUUAAUCACACACAUCUUUGUGGAAGAUGGUCAUUCAGCUUAAUGAAUUUAAGUACGCCUUGCUUACCCUGGUGGUGUAGUGGUUAAGUGCUACGACUGUUAACCAAGAGCUCAGCAGUUUGAAUCCGCCAGGCGCUCCUCGGAAACUCAAUGGGGCAGUUCUACUCUGUCCUAUAGGGUCGCUAUGAGUCUGACUCAACGGCAGUGGGUUUGGUUUUUUUGGUUUGCUUUCUUUAAACCCUUUCUUUUAACCCUUGCACCACCAGGGCUCCUUAAAAACAAGUAUAAUCUAGACUAAAUAAAGUUACAUUUAAAAAUCAUGUGACUUGCCAUAGUCAGAUGAAAUAGGAUUUUGUGACCUUGUGUUAAAUGGACUUACACUAUAUCUAUUAGAAAUGUCUAGUAACUGAAUUUCCAACAAAACAAGCUGUUUCUUCCUGACAAUGUAAGAAAGGAUUCUGGUAGCGAAUUAUUUAUGCAUAGCCAUUUUCUUUACAAUGAAAGGUUUAAAAUAAGUUAUUUUAAAAUAAGAUAUUUAACUCAAACCAGUUUCAAGCUUUAUAUAUUGAUAAAAGUAUAGCUAUACAAAUAAAGUCAUCAUUAUAAGAGUUUUAUAGUAGAACUUUGAGUAUUUGUUACUUGGAGGGACAAAAUCUAUUUGAGGACUCAGACCAAGAUGGGAACUAGCUCCACAAAGAGAAAGCAACAUGAAACAAAUCUAACAGUAAAAGAAAGGAAGGCCAUGAACUGUUUUUUGUUUUGUUUUUUAAUAUCUAUAUAAAAAAUAACGAGCGAUUUACAGAUCUCUUUCUCUAAUCAGAACCUCAAGUGUAUAUAUAAAGGUACUGUACACUAUAUAAACAUUUACAACCAGUACAUCCAUAUUUUCCUUAGCAUUCCAAGGCCACAUUGCUAAGUCAGUAUAUAACUAGUACAGUGACAGUUACUUAGGAAGAGCCACAUCAGACUGACAACAUAUGACAUCAAAGUUAUGUCACAGGUAACAAGAAAAAUAGGAUUUGUAUCACUAACUGUGGACUAUAGGGAAAAUAAACCAUUUCUGUGGUACUAAAUUCUUAGCACUUAUCAAGCCUCCUAAUUUUGCUCUAUUCAAGUAGUUACAAUAGGUGGGUGAAUACCAUUCCGGAUGAAAACCGGAUUUCAAAAAUCUCACUCUGGGAAGCAUAUCUUAUCUACAGGGACUGAUUGAGUUGUUAUAUUAAAGGGUUUCACAGUCAGACUCUUGAGAGGGAGGGACCUGGACAGAAUGUGUUUCACAGCAACAAGAUGAACCCAGGGGACAGAACAAGUAGAUUCAAAUACUCCAUAAAAUGGUUUUCUUCUGAGGAUGAUCCUGUAUUUAUAGAUGCCACUGAAUGCUGCACCAGGGGACUGAAAAACCUGGAUCUAUUUUAUGGAGUUGAAAAACUCUCUACCUUCCCACAAAUGUAUUUAAUUUUAAUUAGACUGUAAUGAAAACAAAACAAAACAAAAUUUGUACAAACUAAGCAGAUGUUUAGUCUCGCCUUCUUGUUUUUAAACAAAAAAGUUAUUAAGGUAGCUAGCAGUUAAAUAAGAUCCAGCAAGUACUGUCCACCACCACUUUGUCCUCGCUGGGGAGGCCUCACAAGGUUCAGCUUCUAAACACCCAGACUUGUGCGGCUGCUGCCGGCUGGGCUGACGCUUUGUCUGGCAAUGGGCUCCGAGGCUAGUUUCAUGAUUAAGUCCCUCGCACAAUCUAUACAAUAUUUAGACUCUUCAAAUAAAUAUGUAUUAAAGACUAAUGACUUUAGUAGUAGGUAUGGCCAAACGAUCCAGAAAUAGCAGUGUGGUAUUUUUUCUUCUAAGAGCAAUAAUCAGUACUUCCCAUGCUUUUUCGUGGUUUCCUACUGAGAUAAACUGAACCAGAGUGGGGUCAUCUAAGAUGCUGUAAUACAUCAAGGAUGGAGGGGGAUUCUUUAUUGCUUAAAGCACUUCCUCAUUUUGAACAUUCAAUUAUAAAUAAUAUCUUCAACAGUUAUUCAAAACACUUUAUCCAGCCAAAUUAAAAUAAGAAGCCAAAAGAAAGCGUCAGUGCCUGCCUACAUUUUUUUCCCUUAAACUAGUGAUGUUUUGGGGGUUUUAUUUUUAAACUGGGACACUGUCAGUAACUGUUAGAAGAGGCGACUGCCAUCUUUAAAUGGUGAGCUAACAAUCUUUUCUGCAAGUACUCAAAUAUUUCUUUCUGUAAGCAUGCAACAUGCUAUUGAGAAUAUCAACUUCCAAGCCAAACUGAGCUUUUUCAUUACUGUGGAAAUAUCUGAGUGAGAAGGAUAAAACAGACAUGGUACAGUAGAUAGCUUGGCACAAAUACAAAGUGAGUUGUGAUUACACUGUCAAUAUCAACACAGGUCAUUUGUUCAGACACUCACAUAGACGGGCUGGGCAGACUGAGCCGGGCGUGUCCGAUGAGCACAGACGCAGCUCCUUCCUGAGUGCGAGGGGAGCAGCCCACAGGGGACAGGUGGUCCCUAGCAAUCCUAAAGGCCCUUCAUGCAGCCUAGGUAACUCGAUGCUCAAAUUAAAAUAUACCUAUGUGUGUGUAAGAAUUUCUGGAAAAAAAUGACUUUUUUUUAAUGCUUCUUUUUAGUAAGAAAAGAUUAAAACUUGUUUUUCUUUUAUACUAAAGGUCACAGCCGUUUCUCGGCCACACCGGUGCCUGUGACUUUAUUUGCACUCGGCACCUUCCAGGGCCCUGGAGUUAUUGGUGUUUUCUUAACUGGAGAGCUACUUUCAGGUUUGACCCCUCCGCCCUCUUUGAUUUUGUCAGCUGCUUCUAGUACUUUCCCUUUGUGAUCUUCUAUUUUGUUUAAAAUCAUUCUUUCUUCAGGUGCCUGCUUCAGCUUCUUUUCUGAUACUUUGACAUUUUCUCCUAUUGGUUUUUUUCCUUUUUCAUUUUCAGAUACUACUUGACUAACAGUGUUACUAGCCUUUUUGGGUGGAAGAGACUUCUCAUCCAGCCGCUUGCUUUUUUUCUCUGGAGACCCUGUUCUAUUUUUUCCAGACUGACUCUGCUUUAUAUCUUUCCUGAUGACACCUGAUUUUUCUUUCCUGUCCUGAAUCUGCUCAGCUUUGUCACUAGCACGGCCCCCCGUGCGUCGAAUCUCACCCUCUAAUAAUCUGGCUUCGGCAUUUGGUUGGUCUUUGCUACCUUCACUUUUUUGCUGCUUUCUUGGGCUAGCAGACCGUCCUCGGCUUUUCCUGCAAUGAUCUUGUCCAGAACCUGCUCUGGUGCUGACCUGACAACUCUUAUUCUCCCCUUUCCUUGGGCUGAGUGACCGAUCCCUGGGUCUUCUUUUGGGAUCAUUUUUUUGAGGACUUGGAAUCUUUUCCAGAUGUUCCUCUGAAUAUCGACUGGCUGACUUUUUGGGACUAGCUGAUCUACCUCUUCGUGUAACACCAUUUUCUACUUUUAAUAGAUUCUUCUUCCCACUGUGCUCACAACUGUUGGGUGGAUCCCUCUUAUUCACAGUUUUCUGGACUAGAGACCGAUGCUUUAUCUCACACUCAUUUUCAUUCAAAGUGCUUUUCUUUUCAGGCACAAUGUCCUUCAAUUCUUCUGCCUUUUCACAAACCUGAACUCUCAUUAAAGGUUCUUCAAUUACCGGCACAUGAGACUCUUCAGAUAUGGAAGCAGAAUGUGUAGAUGGGGGAAAUGGAGACUGUUCAUCAUAAAUCACAUUUGAAGCUGAAGGAUUACUAAUAUCCCAAUCACCUAAAAAAAAAAAAAAAAAAAAGGACAAUAUGAGUGGAACACUAUUUAAUUUUAGAAUUAUAAACAGAAACAAUGAGUUCUGAACUUUGAUAGCCAUUUGAAUUGUACUGACCGCUUAAACAGCCUGAGUGUGGAUGUUUUAUAAAUACAGUUUAUAUCUGUUUAUAUCUAUGUAUAUAUAGGCAGAUGUGUAGUCAUCUGUACUCGUACAUGAACUGUAGGCUGUUUACAUACACAAAAUAGCAGUUUUUAUUUUUCCAAUUACUGAUGUAUAUAAUUAGUGAGAUAAAUACAUAAUGUAUAAAUUAUUUAUCAGUAGUAAAGCCCAAUGUUAAACUUAUUAUAAGAAAUAAAUAAAAUUGGACCAAAUUACCUGGUCCAAGAAACUUACUAAUUAUGCUAUUACCAAUGGAUAUAGCUCAAGAAUAUGCCAAAACCACUAGUUAAUAAAUAAGACCAAACUGUGGUAACUAGAAUGAGGUUCAUGGGCAUUUGUAAAUAAUUUUUCUUGAGUUAAGCUAUCAAAUUUAAUGUCAAAAGAAAACUGAAAAGUACAGAAGGUAGGAGUAGAUGUAUUUAAUAGCAUCAUUUUUAAUUAAAAAGAAAAAAAAAAAAAAGAAGGAAGAGAUUUACAAGACAUGCACAUUUACCAAGUCUUUUUAAGGAAAGACCAAGAAAAGCCCUGAAAGCCUUAAUGUUGCUCAGGUUUCACGUAGGAGCACAGACCGGAAGGAGCCAAACCUGAAGAAGGAAGAGAAAAAGCCUAGGACUAUGUAAAAAAAAAAAAAAAAAAAAAAAAAAUCACAGUGCAGUUAGCAAAGAUGUCACUGGGAACGUAUGAUUUACAAGCAGGUGGUGGAAGAUAAUACAGUCAGAGAAUCACAGGCUGGAAGGGGACUGCAGGAGGUCAUGUCUACAUUUAACCAUCAAAAGGGGGGGACCGUGGCGGGGAGGGGGUACUAAGUGGAUGUGAUACUGCCUUUAUUUCUAAUCGUGCACUCAACUAAAAAAAAAAAACCCACUGAUUUUCGAAAACAAGGAAGUUUAAGAUGAGUACAGUAGUACAGACAGGGUCCCAGGUCCAACUCCUUGUCUCCAGGCAGGGCUACAGUAACUUGUUUUUGAAAGGUGACUGGAAAAGCCUUCUUAUGCUACUCAUUAAGAGGGAAAAUUAUCUUAAUGUAAGGAAAUAAUUAACAUUUGUUGGUAACAUGUAAUUAGCUAUGGAGGAGAGAAAACUGGGAUGUUCUAAAGAGAUUUUUUUUUUAACAAUAUUGUGUUUUAGGUGAAAGUUUACACAGUAAAUUAGGUUCCCAUUUAAUAAUUUUUUAUGCAGAUUUUUCCGUGAUACUGCCUACAAUUUUCACAAUGCGUCAGCAUUCUCAUUAUUUCCAUUCUCUUUGUUCUGUUUCCAUUGAUCUAGCUUCCUUUCUCCUCCUUGCCUUCUCAUCUUUGCUUUUGGGUAAAUGUUGACUGCUUGGUCUCAUACAGUUGAAGUUCUGAAGAGAUUUGAAAGGUUUUCAUGGCAUUUAGAUUGUUUGCCUCUAAUGUCCUUGUUUUUUACAGGCACAUUUCUCUACAAAAGCAACUAUAUGUUUUCUUUUGAAAUCAGCUUAAAUAUAUUCUAUUCCAACAAAAGUCCUGCCUGAAGUCACUUGUUUCCUAACACCAUAAUAACUAUGCUUCAUAACUAUCUUUACAUGGUCCACCUCUGAAUUAGCUAGUAAAAUACCUAUCCACUCCAAAUCGACAUUCCUUUGUUUUCUGCUGCUCCCCUCCUUAACACACAACUUUUCAGCUAUCACUUGGCUACUUUACUUACCAUGGUCAGGUAUCAAGCCAGUUCCUGGCCUCAAAAGAAGAAGAACUUUAUUUCCACCAGCCUGAAUGAGCUCAAUUGCUCGAGUAUGUGUGAUGCCUUGUGUAGGUUCCCCAUUGAUUUCAACAAUCUGGUCACCAACCUAGACAGGAAAUAACCAGUCACAGAACAAAUGAAACUAUGCAUCCUUCUCCAGUUCUACUCUGUCAACUCUAGGCCUGCUAUGUGACUCUCUUUCACUGGUAAAGUAUGUCAUUUGUAUGUGGUGCUAUCAUGCUACAGUUGAUGAGGAGUGCAGAGAUGGUAGUAAAAAAAAAAAAAAGACAACAUGCAAUUUUAUUUCCUCUAUAAAAAUCUUACACUGGAAGGUUUUAUAUGACCAGUCAGUCAGGAUCUGGGCAUCUUGAAGUCAAGACUCAAAUUUUAAGUUUUCCACUGAAGGUUAGUGGUGGAAGAGGUGGAGUGAAGAGAUGAGGUCUCUACAGUAAUCCAAAUGACAGCACAGAGCUGUAUCGAUCAACCCCAUGAAGGGUACUUUUAAACUUGAGCUGAAUCUUGGAUUUAUUUCCUAAAACCUGGGCAGAUGGCUCUCAUCUUUGAAGCUCCCCCCGCCACCGGGAGAACUGUCUGCUCCUUCCUUUGUGCUGCCACCAUACCCUGCACCUAUUUCUAUUACAUGACCUGUGCAGUGCUUUAGUGCACAUGACAAACAUCUGCAAACACUACAAACCCGCCACAAUAAUUUCUGAAACAGGAAAACAAGAAGGAUUUUGGGAAAACACAAUCCAAUAAUUAUAGUAAAUGUUUACUUGAACAUAUCGCCACAUAUUAAAUUUUCUUAUAAGGGGAGUAGCAAGGAAGUGAAGUAUCUGUACAACGGACCUCCUCCAUGUUAAACACAUUUAAGACUUUUUAACUUUUUUAACACAAAGAGAAACAAAAACAUCAAGAUAAACUUCAAUGGGCAGACCAUAAAAAUCUUUAAUAAGUUAGGGUUUAUUCAAAGUAUUAUAAUAAGAAAGAGAGGAAGGAUGAAUGUCUAAAUCAAUGUGGAAAAGAUGUCUGGUGGCAAAUGAACACGACUGAAGAGUUCUAAAGGCCUAAAUGAGUUAAUAUUAACUAGUGUGAAAAGAAACUGUGAGGAGCUAGAAUCAUACAUAGUGGUGGAAUGAGCAGAGCUGGGUUAACCAGACUACAGAAUAGGGAAUGUUGAAGACACUCUACCCGCCUCCCCCCAGUGAACAAACAUAAUGAAUGUUACUAAUAGAUAAUUACAAUUUAAGAGACACUAACAGGUAUACAAAGAACUAAUUUGCUAAAAAUUAGAGUUUCAGAAAAAAAAAACAAAAUAGCAUUGAUGCCAUAAGCAGGUAAAUAAACUGUACUAAAACAUAGCCUUGGAAUGGAAUAUAAAAGAGUUUUACUUUCAAGUAUUAACCAAAGAAAGAUAUCUCUAAAAUAACUACAGGUAUUCUUGUUAGAUCUGAACCUUUAUAUAAAAAGGACUUCAAAAGCCACAAAGAAGAGUGGAGAAAGGGCUUUAAAAUCAGCCAAAUUAAGAAUUAGUUCUUGUCCUUCAGAUUUAAUGAAGGGCUUGGGGUGGGAAAGGGAAUCUUUGAAAAGGAGAGACCACUGUUACUUGGGCCUUGACCAAAAUGACUUAUAUGCGAAAUAUACAACAUGCACAUAUUCAACUUUUUCGACCUAUAGAAAUGGCCAUUUCAUAUAAUUCAACUUAGUAUUCUGAAGGAGACUUCAAGCAAGGUUUAGAAAUAAGGAAGAGAUUAUAGUAGACUGAAAGAAGAUGAAAGCUACUCUUAAAUAUUAAUACUCUAAGAAUGACAUCAUAGGAUUUCCCAUAGCGUUGCAGACUUCCAUGCUAACAAAGGCCAGAUGGAUGAGGAAGAUAAAGGUAAUAAGCUCAAGAAGCAAAUCGGCUGUGCUUCUCAUGCCCCUGCCAGCAGAGGAGGGUUCCAGUUUUUCAUGGUUAAUAAUAAAAAUUCACAGUACCAAGAAUGACAAAUGUUUAUAUUAGUUAAGAUUAUCUUCCAGUUUAAUUUAAAAGGAAGUAGAGUGUAUUAUAGUAUAAAAACCACAUAAACAAAAAGAUAAAGACAGUCUAAAUGCAAACAUUAAAUAAGAAAGGAGUGCAUGUCCUCCUCAAGUAUAUUCAAGUCUUUUAUAAUGUAACAGUUAUGAACAUAUAUUUAGUAAACAUGUAGCUGUAGGAAUUCUACCGAUCACAUCCACAGGCAAUGUCAUUAGAAAUAAAGUAAAAGGUGACCAUCCCUUUCCCCAACAGGAGUUAGCCUAUCACCUCCAACAUAAGGAAGUCCAAAAUAUAAUAUAAUAGCAAAGAUGUUUUUUAAAAACAAUGAAAAUGUACCUACAACAUAUCAAAUCUGGUUUUAUGCUGCCAAACCACUACUCAGAGGAAAAUGUAUAUCUCUAAGGCAGGAGCCCAAACGCAUAUGCCUGAGGGUCACGGCUAAUAACAUAAUGCAGUAUGUAUAACUUGAAGUCAUUCAAAUUUAUAAGUUUGUCGCGUGGUACUGGGCAAACAAAGCAUGUCUGCAAGCUGCCAGUUUGUACCCAUAAACACUAAUAUUAUCUGACAGUCAGGGGCCUGUGGGCCCACGGCACAAACAAGGUGAAGGCUUUCUGGGAAAAAGGUCCAGGAGGUCAGAGCCAUGAGCCUGUGUCAGUUACAGCACAAAUGCAGGUAUCUGAAUAAGUCUGGAAGCUAUGAUCUUGAAACAGACAUUCUUCUACAUGCAAGUUCAGCUUCAGGGUGGCUGCAUGCAUGGAUUGAUGACUUUUCUUUAUGAAAAGGGGUCUUGCUGCAUUCCCUAGAGGGGGUGGACAUGAGAACAUGUAAAUAGGCCCAUCCUAUGAAAAACCUAACCUGUUGCCAUCGAGUUGGUUCUGACUCAUAGCCACCCUACAGGAUAGAGGAGAACUGCCCCAUACAGUUUCCAAGGGGCACCUGGUGGAAUUGAACUGCCCACCUUUUGGUUAGCAGCUCUUAACCACUUAACCACUAUGCCACCAGGGUUUCCAUCCUAUGAAAAACCCAAACCAAACCCAUUGCCGUCGAGUCGAUUCCAACCCAUAUUGACCCAGAGGAAGGAUGGGGGAAAAAUUAAGGAAAUCAAGAUAACAUCAGAUGUAUUAAGUGGAUCUGAACAGAGGCCACUAUAGGGCCAGCUUCCUCGUAAAGCUAAGGUGGGGAAAUAAUAGGAAAUUACCAGAAGCAGACUCAGAUUCAGCUAGAGGUUCAGUUCUAGAGAACAAAAUGGGGAUAUGAGGAGUAAUUUUGAGGGGAAUUUGAGGUCUCAGUGUUGGCCAGCAAGACUCACAGGGUAGGAAAGUAAAUAGAGAGGAUGAUACCUCCCACCCUUACUGACUUAAGCAUCAGCCGAGAGAGCUGAUUUGUCUAAUGAAAUGUGAGCACAAGUGAUAUGUCACUUCUGAGCUUGAAAAGCUAGUGGUUUCAUCACCCUGUGCCUGGAGACUGAGACAGGGGCUGCUCCUUGAACCUAGACCAAAAAUGAAGAAAAAAUGGAGAAGAGACGAAGUCAACAUG